GUAAGGUCGGCGGGAGAAUCAAUAUUACUUUUCGCCGGCGAGCUCGCCAUUUUCGACGUGAUAUUUUUCGUGGACGAUCGACGUACGAAACACGCGAGUUUUCCACCCUCUGUGCGUCAAUUUCCGUGUCCCUUUUCUUCGUGAGAAUCGAGUCGCGCGGCGUCGGGCUACAAUGUAGCAGCAAUCGUUCGCGAGCCGUUUUUUUCCGCUUAAGCAAGGGUUUCUUUUCAUCGCUUUUACCGCAGUGUCUAUAUUUCAAUUGCAACGCACACGGAUUAACGCUUCAUCGGUCCGCCGAACAAACACGUAACAAGGAGGAAUCACCGCGAACGCUUCGAGCAGAUCCACACGCAGGGCGAAAUAAAAUUCGUUUCGAAUAAUCGCAGCGCGAUAACCGAGCGAUUAGACUCGAUCUUCGUGCUAUCAGCUGAUCGACCUUAUUAAAAAUAAAAGGGCUAAAUGAGGCGAAGACCAAUUCACUCGAGGGUCGUUCAUUAAGAGGAUCGAGGGAUCGAAACGAUCAGUUACUCAGUUUUCAUUGUUCUCAUCGAGAGAGAGAGAGAUUGAAGGAUCAACCGUUUUUCGUGACAUUGUUACGAUAGACGUUGAGUUAGCUCGCUGAAGUGAUCGGCAGCUAAACGAUAAAUUGAGCUAUCCAAGGAAGAAUAGAGGAUCGGAGAUAUCAAAAGGGAGAAAAGUCUACUGUCUUCUAUGCGGCAAGAAUCCCAGAACGGUCUGAAGAUCAGGCCACCGGGCGACCACGGUGGUGUGCAUCACGACGGGGUCAUGCUCGAAGAAGAUAUGGCUGGCGCACAGGACACGAUAUACCUGUGCAAUUUUCGGGUGUCGGUGGACGGCGACUGGCUCUGUCUGAAAGAGCUGCAGGAUGUCGAGUUAUCGUCGCCGUACUCGAUGCAGCGGUCACCGUCUCCGCCCCUCGCACUCAGUGGUAUAAAUCAUCGCCAACAGCAACAGCAACAGCUUCCUGAACAGCGAGAGCUUAUGCCGCCAAGCCCGCCACCAUUGCAGCACGUCUCCAGCUUGUCACGGGACCCGGUCAUCAUCGAGAGGAGUAAUCUCGUUAACAUUUCAAAGCUGAUCGUCAAGGAGCUGAUCGAAACGUCAUUGAAAUACAGUCGAAUGCUCGACUCCGAUCACAUGCCCUUGCAACAUUUCUUCAUCGUUCUCGAGCACGUACUCAGACACGGUUUACGGCCAAAGAAGGGUCUCCUCGGACCCAAGAAGGAGCUGUGGGACAUACUUCAGCUCGUUGAGAAAUAUUGUUCAGAAGCGCAGGACAUUACGUCCAGCAUUCGUGAUCUACCUACCGUUAGGACCGCAAUGGGUAGGGCGCGAGCGUGGUUGCGUAUGGCGUUGAUGCAAAAAAAGCUAGCCGAUUAUUUAAAAGUGCUGAUCGAUCACAAGGAGGACAUAUUGUCCGAGUACUUCGAGCCGGACGCUCUGAUGAUGAGCGAGGAAGCGAUCGUUAUAAUGGGUUUAUUGGUGGGCCUGAACGUGAUCGACUGCAACUUCUGCGUGAAGGAAGAAGAUCUCGAUUGUCAGCAGGGCGUGAUUGACUUCUCGCUGUAUCUGCGUAACAGCAAUCACAUACCCGGCGAGUCCCCGGACGACGAGGUCGAGAACGACAACAUGACCACCGUUCUCGAUCAGAAGAAUUACAUCGAGGAGCUGAACCGACACUUAAACGCGACCGUGACGAACCUCCAAGCCAAAGUCGAGUCCCUGACGACCACGAACGCUCUAAUGAAGGAGGAUCUGUCGAUCGCUAAGAACAAUAUAUUGUCGCUUCACGAGGAGAACAGGCAAUUAAAGAAAGAACUGGGGAUAGAGAUCAAAGACACUAACGAGAACGGCAAACCGCCGAUUAAGAUCACCGAAACGACAGCAGAGAUCGAGGAACUGAGAAGUAGAGUGGAGGCCGAAAAGAAAAUGCGACAGAACGUGGAAAAAGAAUUGGAACUACAGAUCAGUAUGAAAUCGGAAAUGGAGGUGGCUAUGAAAUUACUGGAGAAAGACAUUCACGAGAAACAAGACACGAUCAUAUCGCUGCGGCGACAGCUCGAUGAGAUCAAAUUGAUUAACUUGGAGAUGUACAAAAAGCUGCAGGAGUGCGAAGGCUCGCUUAAGCAUAAGACAGAACUGAUCACUAAAUUGGAGGCUAAGACGCUAUCGAUGACUGAGAGCAUCCAAAAAAUGGAUGAAAAGUGCAAGGAAAUGGACGGCGUGAGAUCUGGCGCGGAGGAGAGGGUGAGGAUUUUGGACGCCGAGGCUGCGGAGAGGGAGGCAAGGGCGACCGGGGUUGAGAGGGAAUUGCGAGUCGAACGUGAAUGGAGGACCUCCUUGCAGGAAGCAUCGAUUUCCAACGCGGAGAAGAUCUCUCAAUUACAUCAGGAGAUUGAUCAGUUGCGGCGGGUGUCCGAGAAAUACCUGGAGCUGCAGGAGGAGCACUACGCGCUGAAGGAGAUCUGCACCGAGCAGGAACGAACACUGGAGGAACUUGGGGGACAAUUGAGCGCGGCCAAAUUGGCGGCCGCCGAAUUACGGGAGGCCGCUGACAACGCUCAACAGCACCAGCAGUACCAACACCAGCAGCAAGAGGGUGCGGCGACCUGGGCGAACGAUCGCCUGGUCACCCAUUGCAAGAGCUGCAACCGUGAGUUCAACAUCACUCGUCGUAAGCACCAUUGUCGGAACUGCGGGAAGAUCUUCUGCAACGCGUGCAGCGACAACAGCACAGCCAUGCCGAACUCGGCGAAACCUGUCCGCGUGUGCGACGAGUGUUACGUGUUCCUGGUCGGCCGAUACUCGUCUGGUCGCUAACGUUCCUGAUUCGAUCGGUCGGAUAGCGUGUAACGACGUCGUAGGCGGAAGGAAAAGUUGUAACGGGCGAAGAAAAGAGAAAAGGGGAAAUCACGGGGAAAGGUAGAAAAAGAGGAAAUCGCGGGGGAAGAUAAAAAGAAGAUAACAUUGAAGAAAGAUAAAAGCGAAAAUCUUAAAGAAAGUCGAAAAGUGAGCAUCACGAUGAAAGGUAGAAAGAAUCUCGAUGAAAGGUAAAAAGGGGAAAUCGGGGAAAAAAGAUAAAAAGGGAGAAACCGUGAAGUUAAAGGAAGGGGAUGAUUGCGAAGAAAAACAAAAAGAGAAAAGGAAAAUCGCGAGCAAAGAAAAAAGGUCUGAGUCUGUUUGUCUCACGCGCGUACACAAACGACACGCAUACACGCGCGCGCGGCCCGGACAAAACGUAAAUAGUAUGUCGUGUUCCUGAAGGUCGUGCGUUCACCGGAAGCCGUUCGUUCAUUUCCGAUUCGACGCACGCGCCACUCCGAGAAGGGGAUUCCCCGCGUUUCGCAUCCAACACCUCUCGUCGCUAUCGUAUCGCGACAUUUUCUACGAUUCAGUUGACGUCGGACCACGGUCCGCCGAUUUUUCUGCCGUAAACGCUGGCGAGGAAGGGUCUUUGCGGCUCGACGGGAAUACCCGACGAGCGAAAGCGGUUCCGUUACUUUUGCCCCUUUCCGAUGCACAACCCCCCGCGAUUCGUCGCGAACGAAACAAUCAAAAGACGAUGUCUUCGUGGAACGAACACGACCACCGGAACAGUCGCGUGAAUAUUUUUAAUCCCUUAUUCGCGGCGAACAACGAUAUGUCGUUGUUGGCAACGCUUGGCCGAUCGGGUUCGAAAGAAAUUAUUUUUACGAGAUCAAGGAAGAAUAAACGAAUGCCAAACGUAUUUCAAUAUUAGACAGCGUUCUCUCGCGAUGCGGAUAGGCAUCAUCAAUAUAUCGAGAUUUUUUGCAAGUGCUACCAACAACGAUGCAUCGGUGUUCAGCAUUGUAAGGGUUAAUCUUCGGUGUCCAGGAUUUCAAGAUUUUCAACGUUCUCGGGCAUUAAGUGUUAUCCAUAUGUGAUACCAUAUGUGUAACCGUAUUGGUAAACAGCAUAAAUUAGUGGACUAUGGAUCUUUAUGCAUGUUGAUUUUCUGGGAAAUUAGAAAGUAUAAACUUGCGCGAUAUUCAUAAAAUAUAACAAAAUAUGUGACGCAUUCGAAGUAUAGUGCUUUUUGUAAUAUCCUUUAAGGAGGACCAUUUUCUAUCGUAAUUCUAUUCUUCUAAUUACGUUAUCAGAAAUUCAAAUUUGCAUAAAGAUCUGCAGUCUGCGAGUUAGUAUCGAAAAUGUCUAUGUUGUUUUUUAUUUUAAUGAAAUUAUUAUUACAAUGUAUAAUAUUAUAACAGUUGUUAUUAAAACAGUGGAAACGCGUGUACCAGUCAAGAUUUCCUUACACACUGUCCUCGAGCUGAACGAAGAUGGAAAAUAUCCGUCGCGGAGGAGGUUCGUUGUAUUCGUUCCAUCGCAUGCACGAUGCUAUAUUAUAACACUUGCGUUGUUACUUUGUAACGUUUUCUGAAUUCGACGCGCUCCUUCGAACUGUCGUACGAGCACUUUACUUUGCGUGAACACACGGGAUCCGCCAGCGGACUUGGAAACUCGCGGAACUGCGGAUACGCUUGCGCUGUAGUUUUUUGGAACGCGUGCCUGUACAAUGGUAUUUUUAAGAAAUUCUGUAGCGUUGAAGAGAUU